ACUGAAGGCCUGUACCGUGUUAGUGGGAAUAAAACAGAUCAAGACAACAUUCAGAAACAGUUUGAUCAAGAUCAUAAUAUCAGUCUAGAGGCUAUGGGAGUAACAGUAAAUGCAGUGGCCGGAGCUCUUAAAGCUUUUUUUGCAGAUCUGCCAGAUCCAUUAAUUCCUUACUGUUUGCAUCAAGAGUUAUUAGAAACAUCAAAAAUCCUGGAUAAGACAGAACGGCUACACGAGUUGAAAGAAAUUGUGAAGAAAUUCCACCCGGUGAACUAUGAUGUCUUCAAAUAUAUAAUAUCACAUCUAAACAGGGUUAGUCAGCAAUAUAAAACCAACUUUAUGACUGCUGAUAACUUAUCAAUUUGCUUCUGGCCUACUUUGAUGAGACCUGAUUUUGAGAACAGAGAGUUUCUGUCUACCACCAAAAUCCACCAGUCGGUUAUAGAGACCUUCAUUCAACAGUGUCAGUUUUUCUUUUACAACGGAGAGAUCGUAGAAGCACCCAACCCAGUGGCCUGUCAGCCACCGCCUUCCAAUGCAGUGCAGAUGGUGGAGCCCAUGGUACCUCUUCAGUUACCGCCACCGCUGCAGCCUCAGCUGAUCCAGUCACAGUUACCAGCAGACCCUCUCGGUAUUAUCUAGGUAGAAGAUGAUUGCAGGCAGCCUGGCACUGGACAGUAAGGACAAGCUAUAGACAUGCAUGUUUCAGGAUACAGUAAUGUACUUCAUAUUUAUGAAAAAUAAUUCCCAUCCAGCUGAUUGGACAUCUUUUUGUUAUAUCCCGUACUGUGUUCCUCAUUUGUACACACUGCAGAUAAAAACUAUGUGAUAAGCAUGACUGGAGAGGUUUAAUUUUUAAAAGCAAAAAUAGCUAUAAAGUACAAAGCUGCUGCUGCAUGAUACCUUAUUGCAAUCACUAUAUCAUUCCUGUGACGGUUUGUCACAAUAUAUUGUGAAUAAAAUUUUUCUAUAGAAAUUUAAUGAUUUAAAAAAUUACAUUUAUGAAACAUUCGAUGCUUACAGCCUGCUUUAUGGCUGUUUUUGUUAUUUAACAUGCUAUUUUUGGCAAUUUUAUUCACAUUCAGGCGUUCUGUGUAAACAACUAAAGCCCAGCUAUAGUUUAUUUUGUAAUCUCCUGGCUACUUAUGUGGCGGUAUGCUUAGGAUGGUAUAUGGAAAAAUGCAAAAUGCACUGUUGAGAAUUUUACAAUCCCUCACCAUCCAUCUUUUCUUGUAAGUAAACCUGUGGACAGUUUGUUAAGGGUGGGUGAACUUGCUUAUGAUUUCUUACAGCACAAUACCAAGGACACGCUUGUUGUAAAAGUGAGUUUCAAAUAUUGUACAAAAAUUUUGAUGUUGCCUACAUAUUUCUUUAUGUUCCAUUACUGAACUACACAUUUUGUAAAACUGUUAAUUCUGUAAACAGCUGCAUGUUUAAGAGAUCAUUGAUGGUCUUGUAAACUUAAUCUAAUAUAUUUUAGAUAUUUUAAUUUUUCCCACAUGGGAAUACAUGUAGUGUUUAGAAAAUAGUUCAUGACAUUUUCAUAUAAGGUUAUAUAACUUUUCAUACAUAAACAUUAAUUUUGUUGUAGUAAAAUUCUCUAAACCAAACAAUGUUUUAAUCUAGGACUUCAAUUAAUCUAUUCUUUAAAUCUAUUUUUAUGUGACCCUUUAAAGAUAUACAAAAAUGCAUUGCUAAUACAUAGCAAUAAAUACUUUGGGUACUGACAAUUAACCUCUUUGGAGUGUGUAUAUAUAAAAUCAUAUAAACUUGUAUUCAUAUUUUUUUCCUGUGGUAUGUUGUACUAAAAAUUCGAAUGACUGAUUCUUUUUUUUUUUUUGCACCAUUUUUUUAAAUUAUCUCUUUUUUUUUCAUUUAUUUUCCUUUUACAUUGGUACCAAUUUUGCUGUAAAAGAAUGCUGCUUAAUUUAAAUCUUUUGGUUAAAUAUUUUGUUAGUGGUAAAGAAUUUAGAAGGUUACAAAUUGUAGCAAAGGGGAGACCAUAGAUAAACACUACCUGUGAGACUUUUCAUAGCAGCUUUUUUCUUUCAUGCUCAAAAUACACCUUUUUAGGUCUGCAAAGAAGAAGACAGUUUUGGCUCAUUCAGCUGCUAGAAUGUUUUGUGUAGUUUAAACAAAAAGCUUUAUGAUGGUCACUGUUGUAAUCUUCACUUAUAACAAGAUUUGAGAUCGUCUUGUAUGUAUUAUAGUAAAUAGAUGAUUUUGAGAAUUAAGGCUUUUAAGAGUUUGAUUUGCUCCAUUUUCCCAAAAUAAAAAUUGCCUUUCCCACUUAUGUCCUAGGUAUUGUACUUAUCUAAUUAUGACUUGGAUUAUCAUUCUAGAUUAUUAUGAUACCAUAAACCCGGCUGCUGUUUGAAGUACAUGUAUAUUAUAAAUUAUCUUGAUAUUGUGUUAUAUUCUUGCAAGUAAUUAUCUUUUCUAAGAAAACAUAAAAAAGUCAACCCUAUUCCUAUUGCAGAGCACACAGGAAUUAAUAGUACAAUAAAGUCUGUCCUGUAAAUUGUAGUAUUCUUAACUUGUUCUACUUUACCUGUUGUCUAUAUAGCUUUUUAUUUAUAGUUGUCAGUCUAAUCUUGGCAUGUUUAGCAAAGAAACUUCAAGAGUUUUAUAAACUAUUUCUAGGUUGCUAAAGAAUUUAUUUUUCUACUGUAUAUGGUAUAGACAAAGCAUCACCUGUACAGGAAACAAGUCUAUUUCUAAUUGAAGUAAGCUUAAAAAUAAAU